AUGUUGUUAUUUAUAAAACUAUUUCAGAAGGAAUUCUAUUGGGAUCCAUCCAUUGAUAGUGAAGUGAAGAUACAAUGGCGAAGGAAGGCAGCGAGAAGGUACAGUGAUUUCAUUUCUGGCUUAAAAAAAGAAGGAAAACGGCCAAAAUAUAUUUCAGAAGAAAUAUGGGAAAGUUGGAUGAGUAUUUGGAAGAAACCUGAGGUUAUUGAAAAGUCAAAAAUAAAUUCAAGAAAUCGUUGUGGCGGUCAGGAUGCAGUUGCCAAAGGAACUCACACGGGAGGCUCUUUUACCGUUGGAGAGCAUCGUAAGAGACUUGCUAUUAAAAAUGGUCGCGAUCCAACACCAAGUGAGAUACAUUUGCAUGUCCAUACACAUGGUCAUGAUGGAAAAUCUUUUGUUGGUGAACGAGCUCAAAUCGUGCAUGAAAAAUAUCAAGAAAUAUUACAGAACCAAACACAAACUCAAUCUGAUGUUGAUCAAUGGAAAGCAUAUUAUCAAGCAGCGGGAGGGGAAAAGAAAAGAAGGAUAUAUGGUCUCGGAGCUCAAGCAAAAGUAUUUUAUGGAUCAAAUUUUCGUGUCUCUUCUGGAUCUGAUGCUUUUGGCUCAGUACCAUGUCCAAAUGCUCAAACAACACCAACAGAAAAUAUGGAUGAGUUAGUGGUGCGAAUGAUUCCUUCGCUAACUAAUCACUUGCUUCCUAUAUUUGUAGAGCAGGUACGUGGUUUGAUUUCUCCAGCCUCAUUUCAGCCAGACUCUCCUACCAACCAUCCAUCAACUAUUGUACAAUGA